AUGAAUCUAUUUAACAUACUUCUAUUAUUCAUAACACAAUGUUAUAUAUUCGAAAUGAAACCGUAUCAAUACGAUAAUGAGAAACAAAUAAAAAUGAUCAACAAAAGAACAUUGAAUGAUGAGAAUCCAGGUGACCACAAAGAUGAAGUACCCCAGGAACAUAAUGAUGGUGAUGAGAAUCCAGGUGACCACAAAGAUGAAGUACCCCAGGAACAUAAUGAUGGUGAUGAGAAUCCAGGUGACCACAAAGAUGAAGUACCCCAGGAACAUAAUGAUGGUGAUGAGAAUCCAGGUGACCACAAAGAUGAAGUACCCCAGGAACAUAAUGAUGGUGAUGAGAAUCCAGGUGACCACAAAGAUGAAGUACCCCAGGAACAUAAUGAUGGUGAUGUCAAUUCCGAUGAUCCUGUUAGGGAGGUUGCCGUGGAUAUUAUUGUUGAAGUACCAACAUUUGAAGUGAAGUCAGUAUUGGCUAUAGAGAAUGAAACAUUACCACAAUAUUGGUCAGUUGAAUUGACAAAUACAAGUACUCCAGCUUAUAUUAAUUUGGCAACUAUAUUUUGUGAUUCAAUUUUAAGUAGUUUGAAACUUGGAAAUCCAUCAUUGUCAAACGAUGCAAAAUGUACUAAUGUUACAUUCACACCAGUUGAGUCCUCAAAUCGUCUGAAAAGACAGGUAGACGCGACCUUAGAUCAAAAUAGAGAACAAGGUAUUCAAGGAACAGCGAAUAUAGAAAUUCCAACUCCUCAAGCAAAAGAACUGACUACAGAAGCAUUUACAAAUAUUAUUAAUUCUGGUACUGAGAAAUCAGACAACAAAACCGGACUGAAGUUAUCUAAUGUGGAAACUAAAAUUCCAGAAGAUCACACCGGAACUAUCAUCGCCAUAGCUGCUGCUGCUACUGGAAUUUUACUAAUUGUAAUUGUUAUUGGAAUCAUUUAUAAAUAUCGUCAAAGAAAUGCCGCUUUAACAUUAAAUCAUCUUAAAUAA